AUGGAUGACUUUGAUGAGCUUGUGGUGAGUAACAAUGAUGUUGUGCUCAGAAAUAUCGCUGAAGAUUUGCGGAAUCGUUUACCCAUCGAGGCAAUGUUCACUUCAGAACAUCAAGCUGUUCAGAAAAUACACCAGCAUCCACUGCCCAUGAUUCAUGUUGAUGCAUUCCUUUAUGAUGAUGAUGAUGUUGAUUCAUUGUGUGAGGAGGGGAAAAUGAGUAGGAGCUACUGCACAGAGUGUGGCUCAUACAAAACUGCAUCUUUAGAGUUUAUUUCGCAUUCCUUUUCCCUCAUGGAACUGAAGUUUCUUUAUCACCAUGUACUGCCUGACCUGACAGGAAAGGUAGUGGUUGACGUUGGCUCCAGGCUUGGUGCAGUGCUAUUUGCGGGUUAUCUUUAUAGCUCAGCUUCCCAGCUGUAUGGAGUAGAAAUGAAUGCAGACUUUUGCCAGUUGCAAGAAAUCAUGAUUACAAAGUACGAGUUCAUUGACAGAAUAAAGGUGGUUCAUGCAGACAUCUGUACUCAGCCCUCACUUCUGCAGAAGGCUGAUGUUGUUGUAAUGAAUAAUGUCUUUGAAUAUUUUCUUGACAGACAGGAACAGGCCAGAGCUUGGGAAUUUAUUGCUUGUAAUGUGAGGAAAAGAGGGUCCUUAUUAGUGACAGUUCCAAGUCUUGAGGAAUCACUUUCAAAGCUCCAGACAGAUGUACAGCUCAGUCAAUGGGUUGAAGAGGUGCAGCUGAACUAUGAUGUGUAUGUGGAAAAGGAUGUUGACAGAGAAGCGCUCGAACAGAUUCAUUUAUACAAGAUUCUCUAGUACCUGGAAAAAUUUACUAGUAUUCUUAUGAUAUAUAUUUUGAGCCUAAAAUGAACUUGGAUUGAUUUGUGUGAAUAAAUCAGGUCAAAAUUAAUAUUGUGGUUAAUUUGAAUGAUGUAUGUGGUUUUUAAUGAAAAAGAGUCUUUUGAAACAAGUUUUCUUACUGAGGCAUUUUGUCUCAACAGGAUAUUUUGACUUUUAAUUUAGGAGAUAUCCUCAUGGUUUAUUUUUUUGCAGAAAUGUUAAAAAGAGCAUCUAUAUAGCAAAGCUAAAAGAACUUUUGUUCAUCAGUAGCAUUAUGCACUGCCAAUGUUUGCUAAAUAUAUCAAAACUAGGAGCAGUGAAUCCUUAUUGAUGUGAAUGAUAAGAACGCAUUUAGUGUAAUAUUACAUAAAAGCUGUAGUGCUGUUUCAUUUUGAUAUAAAGCAUUUAUUCUUAUCAGUAACAAUAUUUAUUAACAGCAUUAUCUUUGCUGUUCCUCCUGUGGAAUUUUUAGGUUUUCUCUCCAGGUUCUGCUUGAUAAGCAGAUUAUCUACUGGCAUAUGUUAUGAGGGAGGCAAGUUCAUCCAUUUAGUUAGUUGUCCUUAAGGUGGGUAUUAAUAUAUAACACUGAAGGACACCGAGGAGCCAUGGAGAAUUAAUACAGCAAAUCCAGGAUGAUGGAACUCUUUUCCUGCACUUCUUCUGUGGAUGGUAGGAAGUGUAAUAAGGGGUUAAGAAACUGAAAAUUCUGAACAGGUGUCAUGGCUUAGCAGAGGCUUGGUGAUGGCGUAAAACAGUGGAAAUUCGUAACAGAGCCUCCUCAGAGAGAAAAGAUCCACAUACGCCCACCACAUUUAUAUUUAGAUUUUACGUUCUAAGGAUGUAAAGCUUUUAGUCAGCUGAAAAGUGUUUUGGGUUUUAGCAAACAUUAACAAUCCCAAGUGCAAAAAUACUAUCUUCAGGAGUUUUGGACUAAGCAUGUUGUGAAUUUAGAAGCACUGUUAAAAAGUUUGCUGCACAACUUAUGUCUAGUGUAAAUGGGAAAACAUUAAAUUGGAUUUCAGUCUUCAAAUGAUGUACAGGUCCGUGACUUUGAUAAUACGUGCUGUAAGCAAAAAGGAUCAGUGGCCUUUAGGCACUCACCAACUCAGUAAAUAAAUGGGACUGUAGAAAGGAUAGUGAGUUUUAAGAAGUCUUACUUUCAUGUCCUGUUCAGAGUGGCAGAGGAUGUUUUAACUUGAGUGAUGCUGAACUGCUGCUUAAAUACUGUGUUGAAUCUAUUCUUCAUGUGUUUAAAAAUAUAAAAAGAUGGAAAGCUUUUCUUAAAACAUUAAUUUUAUUGGUCAUUUGGUUGUCAGUGAGACAGGUGCCCCUAGAAUAGAAGCCUAGGAGAGGCCAAGCAGCAGCAUGGAGGGGUAAUGCAAGGCUAACAGAUCUGAUAAGGAGAGAAUAAAAAAGAAGAAAAGAAAUGCAUGCACAGUUCAGAAUGAGGAAAUGAGCACUGUAGUAAUCAGUACAGUGGAAGCUGUGACUGAAUUGUGGUAUAUAAAUAGGCUGCUAUAAAAGGAAAACUGAAUGGGUCAUGAAAAGCUACUUCAUAACCCUACUACCAUGUGAGAAGAAAACACCAUGUUGGAAUGUUUUUUACUUUUUCCAGAGGUCCUGAAAGAUCUCCUGAAUCAAUUGUCAGGACUUGGGGCUCAUGGUACUGGGUAUGAUCUGUGCCCUGCACCUUGUUUUAGUAAUAUGGGAACUACAACUUUCAUUGCAGUUGGUUCUCCUCUUCAUGCUGAGUCUUCAAAUACUUUUUUUGGGUGUUGAUCUCAGAUUAAAAGAAUUUCAAUAGACUGGAGCAGAUCACCAGCAUAUUUAAUGACAUCUGUAUCCUCUGACUGAAAAUAGCAUGCACGCAUCUGGAGCUCAUAUGUAGCAGAGGGUGCAAAAGGGAAGCUCCCCCUGUCUUUUUUAGACAUCAGGAGAAACUCAAGAGGUGAGUUAAAGCUGCUGAAAUAUAUGUUUUCAUCUCCUGCUCUUGAUGGGUCCUCAGUGAAAAUCCUCACAUUGACACAUUCACUGAGAGGAGGUGGUGGUAAUUCAGUUUGGUUUUAUCAAACUCAUAUUAAGAGAUAUAUCUCCUCUGUCCUUUUAGAAGCCUCUUCCUAACGUGACUUCCUAGGGCCAGAGAUCACAAGGCCAUUCUUCUGGAUGUUAUGAGCUGCCUAACUCACCUACUGAAGAGCUAGAAACAAUGAGUGUAUCAACAAGGCAGUAAUUGUCUCUUUUCCAGCUGGCCCCUUUCAGUCCUGUUACACAUUCCCACACACAAGGGCAGCAAAGGUAAAUUGUGAUGUAGUUUGCAAAACCUCAUGUGAAAGGGGGCAAAUCAGUCCUCCCUGUGCAGGCUCAGAAGACCUCAGACAUCAGCAGAAAUCCUCCCAAGGGUGUGUGUGUAUUGCCUCAACUAAGGUUUUGUUGUUUCAGCUUGAGGAAGCUGCCAGAGUAUAUUCAGCAUAUUGAGUCCUUGUCUUAGUUCUGCUACUGCUGAACUGGUAUUUGGCCAGUGAUUGAACUUUUCUCUUCCUUGGUGUCUACAGUGAAAAUGAGAACAACAAAUCCAGAAUCAGAGCAAGGUUGUAAAUUAAUUGAGCAUCAGUUGCUUUGAGAUUGUCAUAUAAAAAAUGUUAAACAGCGGAGCUCUUCUUUGUAAAGUGACCUAAUUUAAAAAACCUGAAGGGCAAAGAUAAUACCAGUACCUCUCUGAGAUACUUUCUGGCUCUUUCCUUCACCUGACAGCAUUGAAAAGGAAGCACAGCUUAACCACAGUCCAGUGUUGAAAAUGCAUAAAUAAUUGUUUCCUAGAGCUCUGUUUUUACACUGCCCUUGCUGUUAGCUGGCCCCUGAUGUUGGGAGGAAGGGAGAGGGGAGAUCUGGCACCCAGAUUUGUGGGCCUGCGUGCAGGGCAGCCCUGUGACAGCUGCUGGAGAUGUCACGGUGGCUGCCACAAGCUGCCAGCCCUCGCUGCCCCGCACAGCUCUGGGGCUGCACAGCUGGUGUGUGCUGCCACUGCCUGUGAAACCCAGCUCUGUAUGGCCUGACAGAGGUCCCAACCCCUGCUGCAGCAGCAGUACGCUGACCAACUGUAAAUCCAAAAAUUUCACUUUUGUAGGCCUGAAUUAAAAAGAAAUUAAUGAGGGAGAUGAAUAUCUGCAGCACUUAUAAUCGCCAGGAGUUCCUGUCACACAUGGAAAGCAGCUCUGCUAUUCCCCAGUAGCAUAACUUCCCAUGCAGUACCCUGGUUUCUGCAGAAAGAGCCAUCUGAAAUUUGAACCCAUCAAGAACUAGUAGUAAAAGAAGUACUCUCUAGUAGUAAAAGAAGGAAAAAAAUACUCUGGAUCCACUGUAGUAGCAAAAAAAAAAGUCAAGAUAUAAGAAUGAUAGAUUCACUUUGCAGACAGGACAUGUUGCAAACAUCUUUACUUGAGACUGUUUUCAAAAAAUCACCAAAUGCCUAGUGAGAACAGCCUGGCUCUCAAAGGGGUGUCAUUUUCCAUGUGCCUUUUUUCACAGUAAGCAAUACUGGAAGGGGCUAAUGCCCAUGCUUAGGAAAACUUGACAGUGGAGCAAGCUUGAAAAAAACCCAAAUCCAGCUCCUUCAUUCCUCACCGUCUGUAUCCUCCUCUCUUUCCUAGGUUUCUCCUGUCUCUUGUCUCUUCUCACUGUCUUUUCUCUCGCUGCUGCCAGUGCCAGGACCAGCCAUGGUGCAGCAGGAGUGUGCCUGAGUGUGGCUGCAGCCUGCACGUUUUCUCUGUUACUGGAAGACAAUAAUAGAAAAUGUGACUGGUAACUUCAGCUGAACAGCUUCUAGGACUCGCUGCAGGCUGGAAUAAUGACAGAAACAUUUUUAAGAGGUUGCUUUGCACUCUCCAGGAAUUCCUGGUGGGAACUCCAGUGAAAAGAGCAGACCCUGCUCCAUCUCAUCUCUGAGGCCUCACAACAGACUCAGACUCUGGCUGCCCCUGCCCACCCUUGGUAAAGCAGGAGUUGACAUGCACAAUGCCAGUACUCUUUGCCAGCAUUUUAACAAAUGGCCUCUCAUAUGCCCUUGGGCUGUCACAAGCCCUAUGCAGUAGAGGGAAUUGUAUUUGUAGAAAUAAGUGGGAGAAGAAGGGGGUGCUGCUUUUCCAACAAAUGCAUGUUAAAUGCUCCUGGAAAUGUCUAUACUUCCACACAUUCAUUAUUUGAGAGCAGAUUAAUGUGGCACAGUGUUUUGGGGAAGGGAGACUGAACAUCAUGCUUAAGUGCACAUGUUUUUUAAAUACCUUUGCAGAAACUCAGUGCAGCUUGUAUAUCUUAAAAAAUUGACAUGUUUGUGUCACCCUAGGGGUGAGUCUUUUCCAACAGGAACAAUGUAGCAGUAUGUUGGAAGGCUUAGUUAGAACUGAUCACCUCCAGUAUCCCUUGUAGCUUGUAAUGUAGGAGUUCUCUAUGUGAAAACAUGCUGGAGUCAUUCCCCAUCCAAGAAAGAGAUAUUAAAACCCCGAACCCAGAAGUUCACUAUUAGUUGUCUUUUGUACUAAGUUUUUGCUUCCCCCCUUUAUUUCUGCUGCAUGACUUGUGUGAUGGCCCAGCUCCUCUGGCAGUUGGGGUUCCACUUUACCUGGACACCCUGUCUUGGGGAUUUUUGCAUUCAUGCUUCUCUGGAGACUCCUCUUCUUCCACUUGGUGGGACAGGAGAACAAAAGAGUUUUCAUUCUUCAUCACAGGGUGCAUCAGAGUUCCAGGUUCUCCUGACCUGCCCCUCUCUCUGUGAAAGUGGCUGUGAUGGCUUACUUUCCAUCACCUGGCUCAAGCCCCACCAAGCACCUAUGGGGCAGGGGGGAGAGGGAAGGUUCUGAAUCUUUGCUCAGCUGUGCUUCCAGGGGUUUACCCAAGCAGGGAAGGCAGCCAGCCAAAACUGUCAGCCUGAGCUGGAAGUAGCAAGGAUGGGCAAAGUUGGCAAGAGAUUUCAUGCCAAAAUUUGCAGUACAAUAAUUUACCAGAGUUGCUGGCAGCCCCAGCAGAAAUCAGGCCCUAAUUAUUUGCAGCAUUGUGUGAGCAUAUGUAUUGUGUAUGUGUGUAUAUAUAUCCAGCAACAUAGUGAGACUCUGCUUAUCCUUGAGAGUCAGCCAUGUACGCAAAGGUAGAAGAAAGGAAAUAAUAUUUCCUAUCUUCCAGAUGGGGCAUUGAAUUUUGUGUGGUUAUUGUGAUUGUGUAAAUGAGGUAAUUGCACACAUGUGAUCUGCUGUAGGAUUGCUGAGUGCACUCUUUGUGGUCAGUAUUUUUAAGGACUUAAAGAGCAUAGUAAAAAUACAUAGCCAUUAAAUAAUCUCUAUUUUUAAAAUUACAUUAAGAAGAUAAGUAGUACACAAUUUACUGGGGGUGGGGGGCAGUGGUAAAGGAGGGGAGCAGAACAUUACUGAUGGCUUCCUGGCAAAACAAUUUAAGACACAAGCACCAAGCUGACACACAGAUAAACAUUUUAAGGGCACUGGUGUAAUGAAGAAUUUGGGUGGAGCUGUCUGCUUCCAAUUGCUUGAACAAAGAAACUAACAAAGAAAAAAUUACUAAUUUUGAUAGUAAGCUAAACAGAAAGUUAACAAAACAUCAGGCUUAGCAUCUUAAAAUGAGACUAAGCAUGAAGUACUUGCUGACUAACUAGGGUUGGAUGCUGAGGAGCAGUAUUCUCUACUAGAGAUCACAGAUGCCUACAUGUUUUCUUUCAGCCCUGUGUAAGGUGUUCAUGCUGAGAAUGUAAGUAAACAAGUAUAUCAGCUUUGUCAUUUUGAAAGCAUUUUGAAUAGUAAGUACAUUUCAGUUAGGAGCUGUGGCAAUUAGGGAAAACAAUUAUUUGAGCUAGUAAGCUCAAGUAAUCUUGACCUACUAUGCUACACAUAUGCACUAGGGGUGUCACUCUCAGAGGCCUACACAGCAGCAUCUUGGACAUUUCCACUGAUUCUUUCCCACUUGUGUAUGUUAGAAAGACUGAACCAGUGACUGGUAGGUCAUUGUCAGCUCUCCAUUUUUGCCGGGGCAAUAACCCAAAAGGUCAUCAGCAAAAACAUCCAAACCAGAGCCAGGCAAUGAAGGGGUUGCCAAGCAUUCAAGGAUUUUAUGGUCAAAACUGCCGCAUGUGUGAGCACAGCAUGGGGUGUUGCAAUACUGCGAGUCUGUGUUUCUUAAUGCACUAACUGAAAUUAGUAAGGACCACCACUAUUUGUUUAAAAUCUCUGUGUCAUAGUCUGACUCUCUAUUUCAGUGUCAUCAAGGUGUCAGCCAAAAAUUCUGAGGUGGCAGUAAGAUUUGUUAUGGAAGAAUCCAAAAUAUGUACAGCUUUUGGCCUCCUUUUGGGAAGGGGCUGAUUGAGGAGUACAGUACAUGUUGUUGGCCUUUAUUUCUAUUUAAUGACUCAUAUUUUGGACCUUAUUCCUGUUUGUCUUUCGAUGCCAAACAGAAAUUACUAUUUAGGUCAAGCUGCUGUGUGGUACUAAUAGAAGCAGACAUCAGUUUUGUUGAUGGAUUUCACAGCUAUGCGUUUUGCAGAAUGAAGUUCCCUCUCUAGGCUACUUCUGACAUUUAGCUGUGAUGGUGUUAAUACUGGCUUCCAGUGCUACCUCUGCUAUUUUACUUGCACAUGCUCAGCUGGGGAAUAUAGCUGGGAAGUUACCUUUCAGCUAUAGCUUUUUUUUUCCAUGCAGACUCUGAGUACAGCAUCUUCUGCUCCCAGAUCCAGCUUUCAGGCCACUUCAUGCUGCUGCUGCAUGGUCCCAGCUCUUCACUUUUCAGCUCUUCCUAUGCACUGCUGUGAUCUGUGAUCCUCUUGGCCUGCCUGUGGGCUGCUGCCAGCUUUGCUAUGUUCUGCUUCUUUUACAAGGUUGUUUUCUAACUCUGACUCCCCUGGCUCUUGCUUAAUGCUUCCUGAUGAGUGACAGCUUUGGAGAGGAGCCUCAGCUCAUGCCCUGAGGUUUUCAGCCUGUGUUCUCGUCCAUGCCUCUACUCAGAUGCUGGUGUGUCUCUGCAGUGAGGUUUGCUGCACUGCUGCCCUGGAACCAGCGCCUUGGGCAUGCAUGGAAACAGGAGACCUGCUAGCUUAGGUGCCAGAAGGCUGGCACCAGCAAAUGGGGGUGCUGCAGGCUUCUCAUCCCUUCCCAUCAGGUAACAGAGUCAAUUGAAGUAUCUCUGCAAUACAAAGCUGACACAACUUAAGAGCCAUCAUGACCCAUUAGAUGGUCCAUGGGAAUUGGUAGAUAAAAUUAAAGAGGGGUGGUUUGGCUGACUGCUGGUGUAACUUUCUGUGUGCAAGACUUCACUGAAUUUCCUCCAGUUCUCAUCAUCUGAGUAUUGAUCUUCAACUUUGAGCAUCAGGAUUUCUGAAGACAGAUCUUUAAACCAAUUUAUGCACAGAGCUACAGCCAAAGAUAUGAGUUGAGAGAGAAAGUAUAAAAAUGGAUCUAAGGUACCUUUGAAUUUCUGCAUUAUCUGUAUUACUUUGCUUGCUCUGAUUAAAUGAUACAUUAACUUGCAGAAUAGCCAAACAUGAGCUGGUUAGCAGUCCUGGGGCCUCUACUACCAGCUAAUGUCUAGAAGGCUAAAUGUACCUCUUAAGGCUAUUUUCUUCCUUUCCAUCCUCAGAUUUUUCUGCAGGUAAGAGGAAGCCUAAAAUCACUUGAUUUUUGUUCACUUUCUGAGAGGGCUGUGCUAACAGGAACAGCAUGACUGAGCACAGCCUGACAAUUAGGUCUGGUUUUACUUACACAGAUAACAAGAUGGUUUCUGUGAAAUUUCCCAAUCCCUUUCAAACAGAUCCUCUUUUACAGUACAUGUAUGAUAUAAAAUCCAACACUGCAUUAAUUUUCUCUUCCUGGUUUUGUCUCUUGUUUUUGUGUUUGGUUUUGUUCUGUGGUGUUUUCUUUCCUGGUCAAUUGUUUCACCCAAACUUGGCAUGCAAAGUUGCUGCCACCCUGAAACUCUCAUAACAGAAGGAUGUUCUUACUACUUACUGCUUUGAGUUGAUAGUCCUGCUCUGAACUAACAGAAGUUAGUUGCAGCACCCACAUUUAAUCAUAACUGUGCAUAUGGUUCAGCUCUCACAGAUAACAGGGAUGAGUAGCUAGAAAGAUGUAUUUUACUGCAACUUCGAAGCAGACCAUUCAACCCAGAGCUAAUGGCCUUUCAGAAAUAAGGAUUUAUUUUAUUUUACUGUCUUGUAGCUACAGUGAUAAGGUAUUCAGACUUGGGAUUAUUCCUUCAUCCUUCCUGCAAGUGGCUGCAAAGGACAUGAAGGGAGUGGAGAAGACAGAGCUGGUCAGGAACUAAUUCUGUCCCCUCCCCAUGUAGGCCUUAAUAGUAAUGAGGGACCUUGGCAGAGAGGAGAGCAGACAAACAUCCUGUAUUUGUGGAUGACAUCCCUUCUCACAGCCUAAAUUAACUGUCAGAGAUACCUAGGCUCCAAAACAAGUAUUUCCAGUGCACGGGAAUGGGCUCACCUUACUGCUGUGAUCACAGCACAGGAGAAACAAGGCGCAAACUUCUCAGCAUGACCAGAGCAGCCUGGUGGCUGUCUGGUGGGAAAAGUGGUCAUACACUGCUCUGUGCCCCAGAGAGGAGGUAAAGCCUCCAGACCCAGCAAUGACCUGAGCCUGGUGCUAAACCCUGUCUAAACAGAGUGCACUGCACCACACCUGAGCCCUUUCCAUCACUCCCAGCCCUGAGCAGCCAUCUGUCUGUUCCUGCAGCCAUUGGGUUUGCUAAGUCCGUGAGGACUUCUCCCCAUAAAUUCCCACUUUGCUUCUGGCAUGACCUAGACUGUUUUCUCUGCCCUGCCUUGCAGAACCAUCCCACCUCUCCCAGUCAUGCUUCCUUUACUCUUCCUACAAUGUUUUCAGAAAUGUAUAUAAGCUAUUACCUCACCCCUUGGUGAGGGAAGUUGGAGAGUACAGAGGUCAAUAGACUGGGAUCUCUUUCUGCCCAAACUGGUUCACCUGGAUAUUGGUUCCCAACCAGUCUUCCUCUGAGGUUGGGAAGGGGCAAGGCAAGAGGAAAGAAGGAGAAAUCAGGAGCAGGAGGGCUUGUUCUGAAAGAAUUGGGGGAAGACUGCUCCAGGAAAGAAGUCUGCCUAUCUGUCCCUGGGAGCUGGGGUGAUGCACAGCUGAUGGACAGUCAUCCCUUUCUCCUCUGUGUGCUCCACAGUUCCAGGACAGUUUUAGGGCACUGGGCAUCCAAUCAAGAGGAAGAGGUGGAUUAGGGGGAAGAGGAAGCAAGGAGCCAGCAAAGGACUGGCAGCACCUAAUGAGUGUGUAGCAUGGGAUAUCAGUUAACACUCCUCCUUCCAUGGGGAGCAGCUCUCUAUGAAGUUCUGGUCUUCCACUGCUAUGCUCAUUGCCCAUAGAAGAUCCUGAGCUGGAAGAGACCCAUAAGAACCCUUGGAUGCACUUGUCACCUGUGUUUUCCAGAGAAAGGCUUUCCAGACUGGCUGUCAAGAAGGCUCUUUCCCAUCUACACUGCACUCAGACCCUGGUUUUUAAAGGAGCUCUCCCUGCAAAGCCAAGGCUCAGCCUAAUACUUUUAACCACCUCUACCAGUGUUUUUUUCAGAAGCCAUAUUUAUGACAAUGUAUACAUUAGAUACAGAUUGCUUAAUUUGCAUAGGUGCCAGACACAGAGUUGCACGAAAUUUGGCAGGUAAGCCCAGACACAGAGGGUGUGAGUGUUGCAAGAGGGAGGAGACAGGGCCCUUGUUUGUGUUCCUGUGAGGAUUGCUGCUGGCAGAGCAAAAUGGGUUUAACUGGAAACCAAAAGGUUUCAGAUCAAAGCUGUGAAAAGGCUUUAAAAAACAUUCUGCUCUCCUCCUGCACUGCACCAGCACUCUUAUUCUUUGCUUUAAGCAAAAACUUCGACUGUGGUCAAAUUAUUAUGCGUGUGAAGAAGGUGCCACACGAGGCAGCUGCAGCAGGUUUUGGCAAAUCAAGGAAGUGUGAGACAUCCUGGUGGAACCUUGUCAGGUUUAGCAGUGAUGGUUUCACAUUGCCUGCCCAUCUCCCCCACCUCCCUGCCGGGGUCCUUGCCCGGGCAGUGGCCAAAGCAGGGGCUUGCUGCCUCAGCCUGUGGAGAAAUUGCCCUUCUCAGCAUCUGCUCGUUUGCCCUGCUGCUGGGACAGACGGCACUGGAGAGGGCACUGCAGACACGGGGGAGCUAAAGCGUUACAGAUUGCUGCUGUUCAGGUCGGCAGAGCCCAUCUGUCAGGGCCUUUAAAAUGCAUCAGUCCUAAGAUGGAGGUUUCCAGUUCAAAUCAAGCAGCUUUACUUUGAUGCUAUUUAGUAGGAUCUGCUCAUAAUGAACCAAAACCUUGGAUAGGCACCACUGCCUAAUCUAGCCAGGCCGUUCAGUGCAUUAGCACAGGCAGCUUGCUGCUCUUCCCUGCAGAGUGGAGCAAGGUGGGGAACACACCUCAUCCCUUCCUGUUCACGGCCCAGGGCUUUGUCUUAAGCCAAUAACAAUGGUGGGCUUGUGCAAAAACACCCAGCUGUAAAUGAGAAUAUCCCUUGCAAAUGCUCGAAUCCUGCUCUGCUACCUGGCAAAAGAGAUUAAUAUUCUGUGACUAUGAUACCUCAAGAAGGGGAGAUAUGUUAGAGUUUUGCAGACCCUUUGCUCAUGAAUGAGAGGAUCUAUGUAGAGUUUAAGAUGUCUCAAAUUGUACACAUUUUAUGAGUUUUCCAAAUGGAGACAUGGCAGAAAUUUGCUAAAAAGCUAAUUGAAAUUUUGCCUGUUGGCAAAAGGCCAACUACAAGUAAUUAUAUUGAAGGCACCUGUUGACAAGUGAGGUUACUUAAACCCUCUUUGAUUUGAUCACUUGUCUUUGGUAAGCAGAAGGCACAUCAUUGGACAUUUUGCUGUCUGAGGCUGACAGCAGAUUGGAGAUGUGGUUAUCCGCCUUCACUUACUCCACUCUGAACGCUCCCUCUCAGAGGCUGAGUGGGAUGGCCAUAAAAUAGGGAGGAUGUGGUUUCUGAAUUCUGAAUCAUGACAGUUUUCACCCAAUACUCUUAUUUGUAGUAAUGUAAAAAUUACAGCCUGGUAAUUAGACUGUACUUGGUCUCAGGCUCUAUGGGCCUUGACACUAGCUUUUUAAAUUUCAGGACUAACCAGACUAAUCAAAUUUAAUUUUUUAAUUAAAAGUUCUCCUAAACUGAUACUCAAUUGGAGGUCAAGCUGAGCAACAGCGUUUUGGAAGUCAUUCUGUUACUUACACUUCUGUUUGCAUAGUUCAGCUGGUGCUUGGGUCACUUCUCUUCGGCAUCUGGGUAACAGCAAGUGAACAAAGCCUCGAGUGAUUAGCAGUGGUUGCUGCAGGACCCCAAGAGGUGGCUUUUAGAGAUCUCUCAGCAGACUUCAGUUCUGCCUGGUGAUAGGAUUGUCUUGGUCCCUGACCAGGACAAAACAGGGAUGUAGUACAUGCCACAGAUAUUCCCCAUGAGAACUUGUGCUCACAGCCUGAAUUCUGCUGCACUAAGCACCAACUCCAGUAGUACAUACAGGAUUAGAUAUUGGUGUAGGACCUGACCCUCUAUGUAUGACCCUCUUCUAGUCUUUUCUCAAGUUAGCUGACUCAUAUAAACCUGUUACUACUGUGAUAUUAACAUUUUUCCUGGCUACUGUUCAGUUUAUUCAGGCUUUAGACCACUCUUGCUGCGAAAGCUGAGCAAUACUAAAAUGCAGAAAUAUGACCAUCACAGUACAUCAUAAACUGCCUACACCGCAUGGAAAAAUCUGACAGAUGCCUUACUUAGAAAUGCUUUGGUUUAGGUGUGUCAUUCUAUUUGGUUUCCUUAAUAUGUUGCUAUGAAAACAGGGUCAUGGUUUAGAAUUUAAUCUUCUCUCUAUUCCUGACUUCAGUUGUAACCUCUGUCCACGUCAAAAUUAGCUGGAACUUCAUCUUUACAGCACACACCAGGUUUGAAAGAGAUCUUUUUUUUUUUCCUUGUAAAGAUCUGAAACCUAAGCAGAAAAAUAAUCAAAGUUUUCUCGUCCUUUUAAAUUAUUCUCAGUGUGAAUUGAUUUUGUGGUAUUGAUUUUAGGAAUACUAUCUGUAAGCAGUUAUAUUUUGUGCAAUAUACUAAAUAGUAAAAAAAAUGGAGUGCAUGCAUUUAUAAAAAAUAGAAUACUUCAUUUAUACAUAUAACACAUGCCCCUAUGUACACAGACGUAAUCAUAGAAAUUCUGUAAAUCAAUGUAGCUGCUGGUUACAUUAUUUCAUUUAUUUUCUAUUCUAUGUUCUCACUAGAAAAGAUGAUAAUAACCUUGCAGUUGUUUUUUUCAGUGUAGAACAGCAUAUACAUUUGAAACUUACUGGGAAAAAACACCCCAUGAAUUUCCUGCAUAGCUGAAAAGGUGAGUAAGAAAAUCAGUGAAAGAUGCAUUGCAGCAUCACACAGAAUAAACCAGGCAGCACUUUAAAGUUCCAUAUUCACUACAGGAAGGUGGAUUUAAAUUCAAUGUCACAAUGCCAUCACCUCCCCUAGCAGAAAUGAUGCCUUGUUUUGUUUUAAGGUUGUUGCAUUUAAGCUAUUAAAAAAAGAACCCCAAAAAAAGCAAACUUUCCCUGGAUAUUUUCUGCUUCUUCCUUGCUUCAAAAGGAUCCAGGAAAUGGUAGACGUAGACAUACUUCAAAUCCAAGUGCAGGGCCUGAUGAAUAGGCUGCUGCCCUUUGCCAGGGAGACCCAGCAGGGAGGGCUGGACAGGGCUGGUGCAGGGAUGAAGGGCUCCUCGGGGCUCUCCCUGGAUGGGGCAAGAGCUGCAUUUAUGCAUAAUCAUUUCUGAACUGCAUAUUUUCCACUCUUUUAUCAGUUGUCUGCUAUUGCUUAAGGGUUCACCUACAUGCUGGUUUUGGGAUUCAUUUACCUGUAGAUAGGUUCAGAAAGAGGUAUGGGUAUAAUUCUAUGGGUAUAAGCUAUAGUGCUAAAAGCACUGUUAGCCUAGCAGAACUAUGUUCACCCUAGCAGGGCAGGCAGUCACUUUAUUUAUAUUCUUAAGUUUAAAACAACACCAAAACAUUACAAAAAAUUAAAGCAUUGCUGAGAGCAAAGAGAUGAGAUGAAUGAGUUAUAUUGCAAAAGCUGGUUGGUAUACUUUAGUGUUUAUAGUGCUAAUGUUGGUACUUUAGAAUAAUCUGCUUUGUAACUUAAAAAUAAAUUCAUAAAUCUUUCUGUUUA